UGAUUUGUGCGACAGUUACCAGAGAGAGAGGAGGCGAGAGACUGUGUGCAUUCAGCGUGUGUGUGUGUUUGAGGGGGUGUAAAUGCACAGGAAUAAACGCAGGAGAGACAUAGAGAUAGACAGGCGGUGUGGAUUCUGUUCUACGGUAGCUGUUGAGUUCUUGCAUCCUGUGAGGACUGUGGCUCAGACCACCAUCUCUGAUUUAUACCUGGAGUGAGCAGCGCACCGACGCAGCAGAGGACAGAAGAGGGUCGAAGGAGUGAACCUAUUAAACCCAGAGUGCGAAUGCUCUGCCGGACCUCUAAAUCCUGAAGCAAAGCUUCCAAGCCGAGAGGGACAAAGAUGCAGAGGUAGAAGGAUAAAGAAGUGGCAUAGAUAAGGGAUAACAAUCGGUUUGUCAGAAAAUGAAAAGCAGGAUAAGGGUGAUGAUGCAUUGCUCCAAAAUCGAAGAUUGAAAUCUCGACUGGCAAAGCAGGACAAGCCUCUCUGUAUUAAAAAAAACGUGUCAGUUCAUCUGUAUUCAUCUGUCCAUUCAUGCUGUCUGGGAAACCUUCUGUUGAUUUGGAGGUCAAGAAAAUACUGGAUUUUUUGCACGGUCCAGCUGUGAGCAGGACUUCUUGUUGUUCCCCUAGUAGGACAACAUUUCCCAACAGGACAAGGGUGGUUUAUAUUUUAGGAGGGGUUUUAUUUGUUAGGAGGCCAGGCCAGAGGCACUAGUGUCAGUAUGUACAUGUUUGAAAUUAAUCCAGUCAAAUGCAUGUUUGUAAAGAGGUGAACUUCCAUGCAUCAUUGUGGUAAAGCAUCUUCCCUAAUGAAGUGACAUUAGAGCAUUUAUGCCAUUGAUUGAGGGUGCAGAAAGGAUUAAUUGUAUUGCAGGAAAUUCCUGAAGUGCAUCUGAAAGAUAUUGAAUCAGUAGUGAAAAAGUGAUUAAACACUGCUAAGGACUGUAGUUGGACCUCUGUUGGACUUUAUUGCUGCACUUCUUAACAUUGUGGACCAAAGACCGCUGCAUCUUCUCAAGUUCCUGUUUUAAAAGAUGCGAACUCCUUUUCAUCCAAAAAACAAAUAAUGUCCAUGUUUUAACGAUUGUAGGCUUGUGCCUUCCAACUUGCUGUCAUAUCACAUUUCUUACUUUGUGACUUCAAUCUUGUAAAAGUGGGGAUCAUUUGGCCCCUGGGGGUCCGGGUUCCGGCCCCGGCCCCGGCCCCCAACCCAAAAAUGCGUCGCUCAAGUACAGAUGAAACCCCGUAUCGUCGUAGUCCAUCUUUGGACAGCAAGUCGGGCUCACCGCCUCUGCGCUACAGCGGAGAGUAUGAGUACCACAGCUCACCUUUCGUCUUUGGCCUUCGUACAACACCAGGGUCAAAGAAAGCUAAAGCCAGCUACACCACCGCACAGGGCAGGAAAUAUGUGGUGUUUUACCUCGACCUGUCCUUCAUCUUCCUUCUAGAGCUGCGCCGCUGCAGAAUGGCCGAGGGCUGCUUGAGGGCCCUGAGAUACGGGAUGGUUUUCUUCAACCUGCUCUUCUGGCUGGGUGGCUGUGGGAUUUUGGGAGUGGGAGUUUGGCUUUCCAUCACGCAGGGAAACUUUGCCACCCUUUCAUCGUCUCUACCUUCGCUCUCUGCAGCCAAUCUCCUCAUCGCUGUCGGAAGCAUCAUCAUGGUGAUUGGCUGUCUGGGCUGUGUGGGUGCGGUGAAAGAGAAUCGUCCUUUACUGCUGAGCUUCUUCAUUCUGUUGCUCCUGAUAUUAUUGUUGGAGAUUCUGUUCAUGAUUCUGUUCUUCACAUAUCAAGAUCAGAUUGAUCUGUAUGCGCAAAGUGACCUGAAGAAGGGCCUGCAGCUCUUUGGGACUGAAGGAAACAUCGGCCUAACCAAUGCCUGGAGCAUCGUCCAAACUGAUUUUCGCUGCUGUGGAGUGACCAAUCACACGGACUGGUUUCACGUGUUUAAUGCGACGCGUGUGCCGGACUCCUGCUGUCUUGAGUACAGCGAUAACUGUGGUCUGGAGAAUCCCGGGACCUGGUGGACGGCUCCAUGUUACGAGCGAGUGAAGGGCUGGCUGCAGGAGAAUCUAGUGGCUCUGUGGAUUUUUGCUCUGUGUACAGCUUUAACACAGAUCCUGGGGUUGGUGUUCUCCAUGACCAUAUUCUGUCACGCAGUGAAAGUGGAGACGUUCUAUGCAUAGAGACGUGGCUGAGAGCAGAAAAGGACCAAACACACGUGCAUCUGCCCAUUUCUGCUUCUUCAUCACACACUUCUGUCUUCAAUCAGCAAUCAGUCGUAACAUUUGCUAACACACUGCUAUUUACAACAUGAUUUUAUAAUCCAGCUGAACUGAAAUACUGAAAAUUGCUCUUUAUUGUGAAUAUUUAAUGGAAAGUUUAUUCCUUUUUUCCAUUUGUGAAGAAAUUAUUCUAUAGCAAUUUUAAACAGGGAGACCAGUAACUAAUGUCAUAAUUUUAUAUUUGUAUAAUUUCAUAUUAAUACAUCUGAAAUGAACAACUGCUGUUUAUAUGUAUUCAGAGUAAGUUCUCAAUAGAUUUAAAAGGUAAGAUGUUUAGAACAGAUUUUUGAAUAUCUGACUUAUUCGACAGUCUUUAAAGCAAACAGUAUUAAAACAGACAUUUUAAUUGAGCAAAUGGAGUACAUACAGUAUGCAGGAAAGAGCACAAAUCUGUUCUACAGAUCCAAUUCAGUAAAAGAGUAAAAGCACAGUUUAACUUUAUUGCAUUGACAGUGGCCCGAAGAAACAACCGAACACCACGUCUGUGCCACUAAAACAGGAACAAAAAAAUUCCAAAGAGAUCUUUAAAACUCAAUCUGCCCAAACAGAUCCAACCAUAAACUUACAUUUAUGUCUCAAAUAUCUUUGUUUUUAACACCAUUUGUAAAGUUUUAUCAUUUUGAACCUAACAAGCUUCUUUUUGAGAAAUAUUUCGCUUGAAAAUUAUGGAAGCUUUUAGCUGAAUUUAAUUUGAAAUGAAAAUGUAAAAUGUCAAUGUAUUCCUGUAUUUGGAUUUGCAUUUCCUAUACCUAUGAAAAAUGAUGGGAAUAAAUAUGUACAAAAUU